CGGUUAUCCACGCGCCCCUGCCCCGUCUCGGGCUCCCCCUUCCCCUCGUCUCUCUCUCUCCCCGCUCGCUCCUCCCGAUGCUAUCCGCCACCGCUAGAGCUACCCCGAGGAACGGAACGAACGAGGCCGUCGUAGUAAAACGUAAACCCAACCGGGGCGGGGUGAAAACGGGGGAGGGAAUCCAGGCGGGCGGACGGACGGACGGACGGGAGAGGAGAAUGUCUGGCUCCGGUCUUCAUGCUCUGUCCUGUGGCUGCGUGCGCGCGUACGUGCUGCACUGGGGCUGAGCUGAGAGAUGCGCCGGCAACCCAAAAGACCUUUUGAUUCCCCACGCCAAUGCCUUUGCCCCUCUGCUUUGCUCUCCCAGGCCGCCAUCCUCCGUCCCCUCUGUGAGAUUGUUUCCUCCUCUUCUCGCCCCGCCGUUCCGUUUCGACUUAAAGCUCCCCCUCCCCUCCCCUGCGUGCCGAGAGAGACGGCCAGAAGGCGAGGCCCGUCCGGGUGUCUUGGUAGGAGGUGCGGGGCGCGUGAGCUCUCUCGCACGCCAGCUCUGCUGCGGUGCGGAGGAGGGGAAGGGGGCCGUUUUCGCCGUUCCUGUCUUCUUCCUCGGGUAUGGUUUUGGCACCGUGCCUAGUUCCUGCAAAAAUCUCUGAGCCGUGUUCAUUGCACUGACUGAGCUUGCUCGUUUCCGUUUCACUGUCCUCUUUCGACCGCAAUAAAUCUCAUCUCCCCCUUGUUGAUAAGCACGAACACAACAUGCAGAAAAUGGCAUCUUGAUAAAACCGCUCUUCGAUCCUAUUCCUCGAGCAUUUCCCGUGGGGCGAUUUCUUCUCUCCUCCCCGCUGCCAAAUCGGUUCUUUGCUCCAAUGGCGCGAGGAGCCAGGACGGCGGCGGUGACCAAGAACCCUGCCAAAACCCUCGCCGCCACUCUCCUCCUCCUCGCCCUCCUCGCCGUUGUCCUCCCGCUCUGCGCAUCCCAGCCACCGCUGCACUCCCAGCCCCUGCCCGCCACCCAGUCCCCGGCCGCGCCCCUCCCGCCGCCGCAGCCCAGGGUGCCCCACGCGCAGGCCGGCGGCGCGGCCCGCCUCCGCCGCAUAGCGCUCGGCGUGCUCCUCGGCUCGCUCGCCGGCUUCCUCCUCUCCCUCGCCUUCCUCUACGCCAUCCGCGUCGCCGUGCUCCACGCCGGGAACACGCCGGCCGUCGCCAGGGGCCCAGUCUCCUUCACCCCGCAAAUCUCGCCCAAGAGCCUCCAGUGCGCGCUCCCCUCCGCGCGCCCGCUCGCGCGCGGGCCCCGCGGGACGUACCACAAGCUCGACCUCGACGGCGACCUCACCGUCGCAGUCAAGAUGCUCGACCUCGCCGCCGCCAGCCGCGCCGAGGCCUCGCCCUCGCCCUCGCGGCCGGCGAGCGGCUCCAGGUCCGACAUGCGGAGGGUGCAGAGGCAGCUCGAGCUGCUCGCCCGGGUGAGGCACCUCAACGUGAUGAGCCUCAAGGCCUAUGUCCGCGACGCCGACCGGCUCUCGCUGGUCUACGACUUCGUGCCCGGGGGCAGCCUCGAGGACGUGAUGAAGAGGGUGAGGUCGCAGCAGGUCAGCCUCAGCUGGGACACCAGGAACAGGAUUGCGGCCGGGGUGGCCAAGGGAUUGCGCCACCUGCACUUCGAGUGCAACCCCAGGAUACUGCAUUGCAACCUCAAGCCGUCCAAUGUGAUGCUGGAGGAAGGCUUCGAACCGGUGCUGGCGGAUUGCGGCGUCGCGAGGCUGAUCGAUUCGGGUUCGCCUGAUCCGGAGUCGUCCGGCAGCCUCUACGCCGCUCCAGAGUGCUACCAAAGUAGCAGGUACACGGAUAAGUGCGACAUCUAUGCCUUCGGCAUGAUCCUCGGCGUUCUGCUCACGGGGAAAGACCCCGCAGACCCAUUUUUCACCGGAGAAAGUGGACGGGGCAGCCUGGCUCGAUGGCUCCGUCAUAUGCAGCAUUCCGGGGACACGAAAGAAGCACUGGACAGCAGCAUCGUAGGGGAGGAGGUCGACGAGGAGGAAAUGGUGAUGGCCGUCAGGGUCGCCAUCGUGUGCCUCUCGGAGCUGCCAGCCGAUCGGCCAUCCAGCGACGAACUCGUCGCGAUGCUCGCCCAGCUCCACAGCUUCUAGCCACCUCCAUCAUCGUUCUCGCUGGAAAUUUCUUCAGAACGCCGCUAAAAUCUCCCAGUAUGGUCUUCCAUCUCGCUGAGACGACGCCGAAUGGAGUUGGAUCGAACGCCUGCCGGCUAUACAACCCGGCCGGCCAUUCAGCUUCUUCAGGCUGAAUCCAGAUUGUCCAGAUUGGAGGCAGCAGCAAUGUAGAAGGCCAGGCCAGACAAGUGUGGCAAAAUAGUUGCCCGUCAGUUUCAUGGCACAUGCCGGUGGUUGAGCUUCAUGUAAGAAGCAUGAUGGUGAUGUUCUGGCCAUGAAUGAGCCUGGGGACAACAAAUGUGCAUAUAUGUAGUAGUGUGUCUUCUGCAGAGUGGUGCAUAUCUUGUUGGAUCUCCCUUUGCUGUAGGGGGAGGGUGA